AUGACCUUGGACCACAAUGAUCUCGAGGAGCAGAAACCGGAGGAGGUUUCAAAGGAGGAAAGCUAUGACGAUGAGGGUUCCUCCGCAGGGACUAACGACAAUAGGGGAGAAUCUUUCACCACCAUGACCAAGAAGGAGAAACACCGCAUCAAGAUGUUCAGGCUUAUGGUACUUGGCAUGUUGAUCAUGACAGCAGUGGUCACCAUUGUGGCUAAGGUCUUGCUUGGCCAACAGGAGAACAGAAACUUUGAGACAGCUUAUGGCCAGUUUGCACGCAGUCUUGCAGAUGCUGCCAUGGAACAGCAGCAGAGCCUCCGUGCUGCCUGCAAGAGCCUGGCCAAUGAAAUCACUGCCUAUUCACAACAGUCCAACCAAAGCUGGCCCUAUGUGGAUCUACCUUUGUUUGAGAGCUAUGCCAAGGGUUUCUUUGAGCACAGCAAGGCUGAGUUUAUUGGGGUUCAGAACCUUGUCAUGCAGGAUGAACGAGAUGACUUUGUCAAUUGGACCACAGCCCGCUACCAGGACUGGGUUGAGGAAGCCCAUUUGCUUCGCUAUGGAAACACUGACCUCCUCAACACAGAUCCAGCCCGAUACAAUCCUUUCAUAUCUCGAAAGGGCCCCAACAGGACUUUUCCACCUGACGAGGAACGCCCUUACUAUGCUGUUCGUAUCAUGCAGUCUCCUCCCAUGCGUGCCUACGGUCCUACCUUGAAUCUGAACCUCGCCACUAUCCCUGGUAACCAAGAAAUUCAUGAUGCCCUCCUUGAACUCAAGUACGAGACGCUGGUGUCACGCAUCAGGCCAUUUGGUGCUGUCCCCGCAGAAGAACACAAAAACUUCCAUACUGACUCUGAAGCGGACAACCCCCAUUCUUUCAUGUACACACCCAUUUGGCGUGAGGUCCACAAUCCAGACAGUGGCAUUGUUGGAACACUUUCUUCCAGUGUUGCAUGGGAUGCAAGUAUGCAAGACUUGCUGCCGGAGACGGUCACAGGCAUCUUGAGUGUUGUCCGCAAUGACUGUGGGCAAGUGUUCACCUACAAGGUCUCUGGAAAAGAAGCCUACUACCUUGGUCCAGAAGAUCAUCAUGAUCCAAAGUUUGAUGACUUGGCGAUUAUUGUGGAACUCGGCUGGCAUACACAUCCAGACUUCACCACAACACCAGGCCAUUGCCAGUAUACCAUGUUUGUGUAUCCAACUGAUGAGUUCAAAGAUGGCUACACCACCGCCCUUCCUGUUAUGUUUGCGGUUGUUGUGGCAUGUACCUUUUCGUUCGUCGCCAUUGUCUUCUUCAUUUAUGACUGCUUUGUUCAACGCCGAAAUCUGGAGCUGGCUCAAGAUGCUGCUCGAUCGGACAUGCUUGUGUCAUCUCUCUUCCCCAGCGAAAUCAAAGACAAGCUUUUGGCGCAGCAAGACGUAGGAGAUGGGAAAGGAAAUGGGCAUCACAAGGGAGGGAUUCCUGACCCCUGUGACAGUGGAAUUGGCAAUCGUAAUGAAGGUGGUUUUGCACAUUUGGCCAAGGCUUAUCCACACACAACAGUAUUCUUUGGAGACCUAGUGGGUUUCACUUCGUGGUCCAGCACUCACAAUCCAGAGCAAGUCUUUGAGCUCCUUGAGACCCUCUAUAGCGCCUUUGAUGCUCUGGCAAAGAGAAGGCAUAUAUUCAAAAUUGAAACAAUUGGAGAUUGCUAUGUUGCUGUCUGCGGUAUGCCAUAUCCUCAAACAGACCAUGCAUCCAGAAUGGUCCGCUUUGCCCAUGAUUGCAUGUCCAAGAUGCAUAUCUUGACGACAGAACUUUCAGAAACCUUGGGCAAUGAAACUGCUGACCUCCAACUCAGGGUUGGUUUGCAUAGUGGAAGUGUGAUAGGUGGGGUACUGCGAGGAGACAAGAGCCGCUUCCAGUUGUACGGCGAUACUGUUAAUACAGCGUCUCGCAUGGAAAGCACAGGAGUUGCUGGAUGUGUCCAUGUUUCUCAAGUCACUGCUGAUGCGCUAAGGGUGUUGGGUAAGACGAAUUGGUUGACACAUCGGAAUGACAAGAUUGUGGCAAAGGGGAAAGGAGAGAUGGACACAUAUUUUGUUUCAAUCCCUACCGCCUCCACAGUCUUGUCGUCGACUGGAACGGAAUCUCUUGAUGGUACUGAUGAAGUCCAUACGGUGGACGUCCGUGCCAUGGAUGCCAGCACCUUGUCAGUGUAG